ACGUAGGCAUGGUUCGCCCGUACUCAUGCUGUAGUUGCGUGCGGCUCGAUUGAAAAUUCAUAACUGACAUCGUCGGUACCUCAUUACUAGAUUUCCUGGUGAUGGACAGGGUGCUAUGGCGUGCUCGCCAAGACCUUGUCUUUUGACCCAAAUGCUACGUAAGAAAAACUCUAUGGCGCCAUUGGCUGCCAAAAUGAGAUCUACAGUGCGACGUGGGCAUAUGUGCAUAUAAAAGUAUGGGUGCAGAAGGUCACAUCACCUGCUCGAAGCUCUAUCUACCUCCUCGCCUCUCAAUUUCUUCCCUCAUUCAUCACGGAUGCCAUCAUAUGGGACCAUGGGGACCGACCGGAGUAGCGAUCUCAAAGAUUCCGAGCGGGAUAUCUCACAUGAGGUUGGCUCGUCGGAUAAUCCAGACGUCGAGUCGGUGGGCAAUGUCCAGAAAUAUGAUUAUGAUGACUCGAGGAAGAUCGGGAUUACGGGUGCCACGUUCCUGAUCUUGAAUAAGAUGAUAGGAACCGGAAUUUUCUCGACCCCGUCCAGUAUCUUUGCCGCUACAGGGUCGGUCGGCGUCUCUUUGUUCCUCUGGGUAAUUGGCGGCGUCCUUACUUUCUGCGGCCUCAGCGUAUGGCUUGAAUUCGGGCUAGCUAUUCCUCGAUCUGGCGGUGAGAAGAACUAUCUCGAGCGCAUCUACCGUCAUCCUCGCUACCUUGCCACAUGCGUCUUGGCAUCCCAGAUGAUUCUACUUGGAUUCUCGUCCGGUAAUGCAUUGGCUUUCGGACGAUAUGUGUUAGCAGCAUCGGGCUCUGGUGAAGGGGAUGGUUGGAAAGCUCGCGGCAUCGGCAUCGCUGCAACGACCUUUGCUGUUGGCCUACAUGCCAUUUUCCCGAAGUGGGGUAUCCGACUUGUCAAUGCCCUAGGAAUCUUCAAGGUGGUGAUCCUGGUAUUCAUAGUAUUUUCAGGUUUCGCUGCCUUGGCUGGUCACGUCCGCGUGGAAGUACCCAAUAACUUUCACAAUGCGUUCGAGCUCGAAGUAACGGAAGACUAUGGCGGCACGGGAGCUUACGGCUAUGCGAAUGCGCUGUUGAACAUCAUAUAUAGUUAUAAAGGCUGGGAAAAUGCCAACUACGUGAUCGGCGAGCUCAAGCACCCUCGAAAGACAUUGUCCAUCGCAGCUCCUCUUGCUAUUGGUGGCGUCACGAUCCUAUAUGUCCUGGCCAACGUCGCAUACUUCGCCGCCAUCCCGAAGAAGGACCUGGCCACGUCCGAAGUGCUUGUCGCAGCACUAUUCUUCAAGAACGUAUUCGGCGACAGUGCGGGCGCCAGGAGUCUGCCUGUGUUUGUCGCGCUGAGUAAUCUCGGUAACGUCCUAGCAGUGAGCUUCGCACACGCCCGGUUGAACCAAGAAUUCGGAAAGGAGGCGUUAUUACCCUUCAGCAGAUUCUGGGCCUCCAUCAAGCCCUUUGGCGCCCCUGCCCCUGCACUGUUCCUUCAUUGGAUCGUGACGGUUAUCGUCCUAGUUGCCCCUCCUGCCGGCCCGGCAUACAAUUUCGUCGUCAACUUGUACACGUACCCGGGAUCCUGGAUCAAUGGUUUCGUCUGUGGGGGUUUGAUAUACCUGCAAUGGAAGAAAUCCGAGAAUUGGACGUCACCGUGGCACACGUACCUACCCAUCACCGUCCUCUACCUUUUAGCGAAUAUCUUCUUGGCUGUGACCCCCUUCAUCCCUCCAAACGGAAACUGGAAUGCUGAUGGGUAUCCAUACUACGUAUUUCCCGUUGUCGGAGUUGGUGUCCUACUGCUUGGUGGUUUCUACUGGGUCUGCUGGACUAAGAUCUGGCCGGCUAUUGGUGGUUACAAGAUUGUUGCAACACGCAUCAUCGACAAUCAAGGAGUGGAGGCGAUUCGAUACCGCAAGGUGAAGAAUCAGUAAUGUCACUACCAAUAUGUUGGCGUACGUUUGUUUAUUGUGAAAGGAUACCCGAAUAGAAGAUGGUGGUAAUUUUUCUGAAAGCGAGAGUGAUUACUUCAGCCCCAGCUAGACUUAAGAGAAGAGAGAUAAGCGCUCAUAAAGGGAUACGACGAGCGGCCCUGUUAGAACCCCUAUCACAUUGAUGAAUCAUUUUCACCUCUUGUGGGACCCCUAGUCUCACCUAUGUCAUUCCGCGUUUGCUACGUUCAGAAUAUCGCAUUCCCCCACCCCCCGUACAAGAUAAUGUGUUACCACGGCGAGACAGCGGCUUUGGGAUUUCUAUGAUACUCUUGGUCAGGAAUCGCAAUUACGAGGCAUGAGCAAAUAAGAUGGUGUGACAAAAAGCUUCGCCGUAAUACCGAGAUACUGAAAUGGCGAGUUGCCCGGGUCCAGUUAGGUUUGAAUUAGCUCGUAAGGAGAUUGAUUCGAUCAUUAUGCAGGCAGAGGGAAUCGACAGAAUAGAGUUAGUUGUAUGUGAGAGGGGGUAUCACUAACAAAGCCUCGUUCGCAUAUUGUUUGUUUCCCCCCUUCGUUUUCCUCCCACCAUACCAUUUGAACUCAUCGCGCAAUCAUCCUUUCCCGCUUUCCCUUUCAGCCUUCUCAUUGUUGUUGUAGUCUCUUUCCAUUCCAUCCCGACUUAAUUCCCAUAGCCACGGCUGUCAAGUAGGCAGGACCACUUCUGA